AUGGUUUCUUCCACAGAUUCUGGCGCAGCGCGCUCCUUUCCCACUAUCAAACACGUGCGAACUUUCGUUACCCAAGGCCCCGGCAGCGGCGGAGACUAUCACAAUGUUGCUGGUGGCCACUGGCUCAUUGAUAGCAAGAUCUCGACUCCCAUGAGCCAGUAUGAAGAUUACCGCAAGUCAAGAACCAGCUGGGGCAUUAAUGUCUUGGGAUCCUUCUGUGUUGAAAUCGAGGCCAGUGACGGUACCAAGGGUUUUGCUACUGGAUUCGGAGGUCCGCCAGCAUGCUGGCUAGUUGCUGAGCAUUUCGAGCGCUUCCUGAUUGGCCAAGAUCCUAGAGAUACCAACCACAUGUUCGAGCAGAUGUACCGUGCGUCCAUGUUUUAUGGUCGCAAAGGCCUCCCAGUUGCCGUCAUCUCAGUAAUCGAUCUUGCUAUUUGGGAUCUGCUCGGCCACAUUCGCAAUGAGCCCGUAUACAAGAUGCUCGGCGGAGCUACCCGGGAGAGGCUCAACUUCUACUGUACUGGUCCUGAGCCUGCAGCAGCAAAGGAGAUGGGUUUCUUUGGCGCCAAGGUACCACUGCCUUACGGCCCUGGUGAGGGUGUUGAGGGUCUCAAGAAGAACGUCGAGUUCCUCACCAAGCACCGUGAAAGCGUCGGACCAGAUUUCCCUCUCAUGGUUGAUUGCUACAUGAGCUUGAACGUACCCUACACAAUCGAAGUCGUAAAGGCCACCGAACACCUUAACUUGAACUGGUGGGAGGAGUGUUUGUCACCCGAUGAUUCGGAUGGUUUCGAGCAGAUCAAGCGCGCUCACCCUCGCAUGAAAUUUACCACAGGCGAGCACGAGUACUCGCGAUACGGCUUUAGGAAGCUCAUCGAGGGCCGCAACCUGGACAUCCUCCAGCCUGAUGUCAUGUGGGUUGGAGGUAUGACUGAGCUCAUCAAGAUCUCGGCCAUGGCUGCUGCCUACGAUAUUCCUGUUGUGCCCCACGCCAGUGGACCAUACUCGUACCAUUUCGUUGUUUCUCAGGCCAACUCGCCGUUCCAAGAGUACCUCGCAAACUCACCAGACGGCAAGUCUGUUCUGCCCGUCUUCGGCAACCUAUUUACCAACGAGCCCAUCCCCACUAAGGGAUACCUCGACGUCAAGACCCUUGAUCUCCCAGGCUUUGGCCUCAAGCUGAACCCCAACGCCGGCUUGAUCGAUGCCACUCGCAUACUAAAUCCAGCGCCUCAAAAAGCGCUAAAGCCUGCCGAGCCUGAGAAGGCGGAGGCAUACACCUUGGAACUAGUAGCGACAUCCUUCUACAAUACACAAAUUACCCUACCAAUACCCCGCAUCAUCAUGGACGCCAUCAAAGACACGGUCAACAGCGCGCUCGAGAAGCUCAACAUCACAGGGGGCGCAUCUCAGGGCACACCCGCGAAGGAGCCAUCAGAGGAGCAGCUGAACGAGCUCAAGUCCAAGUACCAGAAGGCUGGCCAAGAGCAAGUUUUUGCUUUCUACGACAAGCUCUCCACUGCCGAGAAGGCUACCCUCUAUGAGCAAUUGAGCAACUUCAACCCUGACUACAUCAACGAAAUCACCGAGCGCGCCCUCCACCCCGCCGAAGCCGAAGCCACUGAGAACAAGCUCGAGCCCCUCCCCGAAAAUGCCACAUCUUCCGUCCUCUCCUCCCAGCAGGAAGAUCUCGACAAAUGGUACAACAGCGGAUUGGACCUGAUCGCCGAGAACCAGGUCGCGGUUGUGCUGAUGGCCGGUGGCCAGGGUACCCGUCUGGGCAGCUCAGCGCCCAAGGGAUGCUUCGACAUUGGACUGCCCAGCAAGAAGAGCCUGUUCCAGCUGCAGGGUGAGAGGAUCAAAAAGGCCGAGAUGCUGGCGGCCAAGAAGCACAACAAGGAGAGCGUUACCAUCCCGUGGUACGUCAUGACCAGCGGCCCUACUCGCGGCCCUACCGCCGACUUCUUCGAGAAGAAUAACUACUUUGGCUUGAAGAAGGAGAACGUUGUCAUUUUCGAGCAGGGUGUCUUGCCAUGCAUCUCCAAUGAGGGCAAGAUCCUGUUGGAGAGCAAGUCAAAGGUCGCCGUCGCUCCCGAUGGCAACGGUGGUCUUUACCAAGCUCUUAUCCAGUCCGGUGUCGUACAAGACAUGGGCAAGCGUGGCAUCCAGCACAUCCAUGCAUACUGUGUCGACAACUGCCUGGUCAAGGUCGCCGACCCUGCCUUUAUCGGUUUCUCCGCGUCGAAGAACGUUGACAUCGCUACCAAGGUUGUUCGCAAGCGCAACGCCAAGGAGUCUGUCGGCCUCAUCCUCCAGAAGAACGGCAAGCCAGAUGUUGUCGAGUACUCAGAGAUCUCAACCGAAGACGCAGAGGCCAAGGACUCCAAGGACUCGAGCCUACUCAAGUUCCGCGCCGCCAACAUCGUCAACCACUACUACUCAUACAAGUUCCUUGAGAGCAUCCCAGAGUGGGCAAAGAAGCUUCCUCACCACGUUGCGCGCAAGAAGAUCCCUUACGUUAACACCGAGACCGGUGAGACCAUUAAGCCAGAGAAGCCAAACGGCAUCAAGCUGGAGCAAUUCGUCUUCGACUGCUUCCCCUUCCUGACUCUGGAGAGAUUCGCUUGCAUGGAAGUGAAGCGUGAGGAUGAGUUCUCGCCCCUGAAGAAUGCCCGUGGAACUGGUGAGGACGACCCUGAUACCAGCAAGCAGGACAUCAUGACCCAGGGCAAGAAGUGGGUCCAGGCCGCGGGCGCCACCGUUGUCAGCGAGGACGCUGAGGCCGGUAUCGAAGUAUCACCAUUGAUCUCAUACGGUGGCGAAGGCCUUGACUUCCUUAAGACCAAGACCCUCAAGGCUCCUGCUGUCAUCGAGUCCGAAGAGUAG